GAACUUGAGUCUCCAGCCCCUCGCGGCUCCUCACACUUACUGCCGCCCUCCUCCACUCGGAAGCACCCCAGAAUCUCAGCCCAGGCCGGGUGCACGAGUCAGGCCACCUGCCCUCCUUGCCUAGACGCGCACCGCCCCCUCCUCGGUCCCAGGUUCUGCUUUCCUCUGCCUUCGUCCCUCAAGCCAGCCCCAGCGCUUGCGGGCAGGGUGGGCAUCAAGAUGAAGGCGGCCCGCUUCGUGAUGCGCAGCGCCGGCUCGCUGAGCAGCGCCGGCCUGGUGCCCCGCGAGGUCGAGCAUUUUUCACGCUACAGCCCGUCCCCGCUGUCCAUAAAGCAGCUCCUGGACUUUGGUUCAGAAAAUGCGUGUGAAAGAACUUCUUUUGCAUUUUUGAGACAAGAAUUGCCUGUGAGGCUAGCCAAUAUCCUGAAGGAAAUUGAUAUCCUCCCUGAUCGAUUAGUCAAUACUUCUUCAGUGCGAUUAGUUAAAAGUUGGUAUAUCCAGAGCCUGAUGGAUUUGGUGGAAUUCCAUGAGAAAAGCCCAGAGGACCAGAAAGCAUUAUCAGAUUUUAUAGAUACUCUCAUCAAAGUUCGAAAUAGACACCACAAUGUAGUUCCGACCAUGGCACAAGGAGUCAUAGAAUAUAAAGAUGGUUGUACAGUUGACCCAGUCACCAAUCAAAAUCUUCAGUAUUUCUUGGAUCGAUUUUACAUGAACCGCAUUUCUACCCGGAUGCUGAUGAACCAGCAUAUUCUUAUAUUUAGUGACUCACAGACAGGAGACCCAACUCACAUUGGAAGCAUUGAUCCAAACUGUGAUGUGGGAGCCGUGGUCCAAGAUGCCUUUGAGUGUUCAAAGAUGCUUUGUGACCAGUAUUAUUUAACAUCUCCAGAAUUAAAGCUCACACAAGUGAAUGGAAAAUCUCCAGGCCAACCAAUUCACAUUGUGUAUGUACCUUCUCACCUUCAUCAUAUGCUCUUUGAACUAUUCAAGAAUGCGAUGAGAGCAACAGUUGAACACCAGGAAAAUUGGCCUUCCCUUACACCAAUUGAAGUGAUUGUUGUCUUGGGAAAAGAAGAUCUUACAAUUAAGAUUUCGGACAGAGGAGGUGGCGUUCCCCUGAGGAUCAUUGACCGCCUCUUUAGUUACACAUACUCCACUGCACCAACGCCCGUGAUGGAUAAUCCCCGGAAUGCUCCUUUGGCUGGUUUUGGUUACGGCUUGCCAAUUUCUCGUCUCUAUGCCAAGUACUUUCAGGGAGAUCUGAAUCUCUACUCUAUGUCAGGAUAUGGAACAGAGGCCAUCAUCUAUUUAAAGGCUUUAUCGUCAGAGUCUGUAGAAAAACUCCCAGUCUUUAACAAAUCAGCCUUCAAACAUUAUCAGAUGAGCAUUGAGGCUGACGACUGGUGUAUCCCAAGCAAGGAACCAAAGAACCUGGCGAAGGGGAAAGUGGCUCUGUGAAGAGGGACACUCGGGACACUUUACGGGAUCAAAGUGGGUCUACGCCAGUGCUGCUUCCUGCAUGGUUGCGUGUGAACUCUUGUUUCCUCAAAAACAAACAAAAGCAACAAAAACUCCUUGAUUGGAACAGCGGUGCAAAGAGGAACGAAGCCCGUUUCUCUGACCCAGGAAAGUGUAAUGUAGGCAUUAUUCUUUAACUUAGCAUAACAUACGAGCUUGUAUCAAAUCCAGGAAAAGCCUGUUUGCCAUGUCUGUAUCAACAAGGAUGGGAAUGUGAGCAAAGUGAAGAUAUAAGCUAGCACUUGCAAAGACUGAUAUUUUAGGCCUGCUGUUGAUGGCAUAAGAUAUUGGUAUUUAUUGCAUCUCAAGUGUCCAUAUGCCAAUAUCUCCCUGCCAUCAAAGGGGUGGGGCUUAGUUUAUGCUAUGUCAUUAGAAAUGUGUAUGUAAAGGUACAUUUCCUAUAUUUCUGUGUGCUCUAGGGAGGAAAACUGGUGACUAAAUAACAUUUACUUUGUAUGUUAUUUGAAUGAGGAGGAAUGAAUCAAAACGUUUUAUUCAAAGUUGCAGCCAAGGCAUUGGGCCAGUGUAGAAACUCAGAACAAAGCCUCUUCUGAUGAAUACUGUAUCUCCAUUAUGCUGCUCUCCUGUUCACACUUCUUGUCAUAAGUGAACACUUAUUGCCAGGUGCCUGCCUAGUCUUGGGUGAGUUUUAAAAUAGGCACUGAAUUCAGGAUGUUGGCGGUUGGAGGGGGAGAAGAAUUGCCAAAGUGAUAGCCAAAACUAUCUCUCACCUUGCUUUUUUUAUGAAUGAGAUGGUAGAUUGGAAAAACCAAUGUUAGGGAAAGAAAUCAUGCAUUCAGAAGCUAAAUCAGUAGGAGGGGCUGUUCUCUCCCCUGCAAUGGUGGUAAUCCAAUGAUGGCAUCCCCUUUCUAGGCUUAAAAAGAUACAUUUUUGAUAUAUGUGUAAUUAUAUUCUCUACACUCCUGCAUUAACAUUAAAAAUGAUUCCUAAUUAUCAAAUGGCUCAAGAACAUUAGAAUUUAAAGACUUCUUGGGACAUUUUUAACAAAUAGCCUGGGAGUAAGAGGUUUUCAUGCCAGGAGGCUUUCAUUUGAAUCAUUGAGACUGAGUGCUGAUAAAUGAAAGUUGUAAUGCAUAUGGAACUUUUGGGGACUUCAAGUAUAAUAGGCAGGUUGACAGGCCUGUCUAGUACAUAACUCUCAGAGAAGGAAGGGAGGAAGGAAGGAAGGAAGGAAGGAAGGAAGGGAGGAAGAGAGGAAGGAAGGAAGCGGGGAAGGAAGGAAACAGAGGGUAGGCAUCUUGCUUUUUCCCCUACAAAUUAUUUCAAGAAAUGAUCUAUAUUUUCAUAGAUAAAUUACUGGCAAGAGGAUGAAUUGAUGUCUUUCAGAACAGAAUGGCUUCUUUAAAUGGUUCUCUCACUUUUGCGAGAUAAUGGGCUUUUAUGAGAUAAUAAACUCAUCCAUGUCAAAUUGAUGUGUCAACCAGGAUAUAAAAAAAAGCUAGAAUUUUCUGCGUUGUAAAAGAAUCAGUACUGUUUGUAUAUGUUGAAUUUAACAUUCGUGUUUAAUUUUGUUGUGGCCUAGAAUUGUGGUGCUUCUGGUCGUGGCCAUAGAGGCCUCAACUGAUUUGUUGUGGAUGUCAGACUCUUUCAUGAGAAGUCCUAGAGAGUGGCUUUUCUUGAUGGUGGGACUCUGGCUCAUGCAUUUAUCGAUUACACAAAACUAUUUGCAAUAGGUUUUUUGACUUUUUAGUUUUCACUGAACUUAAACAUUUUGCAUGUAAAUACUUGUAUUUACCAAAGAUUUAAAGCAGUUGAUUAAGUAAUUAACCCCAACACUGUGAACUAUCUUUAAAAUACUAGAGAAGAAAUGUUAAUAUCACAAUAACAUAAACUGUGCAAAUUGAGUUCUAUAAAAUAGAAAUAGUCUACACUGGUAUUUGUGAAAUCUAUGGAAGAGCUUUAGGAUUCUAGCAGAUGGUUACUGAAUGUUCAGGACCACUUAAGUUAUUGAUGUAUAAAUUGUGUUUUUUUCUCUAUGUACAGAGAGAUGUAAUCAUUUUUAUAAUAAAUAUUUUUAUUAUAACAG